CCAAAGGAGAGGAUCAAGAUGAAGAAAUCAAUCCAAGAUCAAAAGGUUAACAGGUUCACAGGAUAGGUCAAAACCCAGUUCAGAGUCCACACCUUAUACCUCUCUCUCUUCUUUAUUUAACUUGUUAUGGUAUUUUCGUCUUCUCCAUAAUACAACACCAAAAUCGCAACACUCUGGUUCUCUGUCCCUACUCAAACCUUAUAAACCCCUCUUACGUUUCUCUUUUCUUCACUCUUUCUCUCUACCCUGAACUUACCCCUAUUCUGCCUAAAACCCUAACCCUAACCCACAAUUGAACGUAAUCGAUCCAUAAACUUAAAAAGGAACAGAGGCUUCUUGAUUUCCGUCAUUAUUUUUUUUUUGGCAGAACCACAAUGUCACACCUUGAUAGUCUACCCUCUACGCCUGGCAAGUACAAAACGGAGAAACCAGUAUCUUUAAUUAACCACCGCUUCUUCCGUCCGCAUUUAUCCUCUGUCUCUAAACUCACUAUCUGGUCCUUUCUGUUCUUGGCUCUUCUCCUCAUCUUCAUCCUCUUAUCCCCUCCUCCCUCUUCCCCCUCUCGCCGCCAUCUCACUAAUGACUCCUCUUCUUCUUUCCCGGCCUCCUCGUGGGGCGGUUCUCAUUGGGAAAAGCAGGUGCGGAAAUCUGCCCGUCCCCGCUCUCGCUCUGGCCUCACCGUCCUCGUCACUGGAGCCGCCGGCUUCGUGGGUACCCACGUCUCUAUUGCUCUUAAGCGUCGAGGCGAUGGGGUUCUAGGGCUCGAUAAUUUCAAUCACUACUACGACCCAAAUCUGAAGAGGGCUCGUCAGACCGUCCUUGAAAAGGCCGGCGUUUUUGUGGUGGAAGGGGAUAUUAACGAUCAGGCUCUGCUACGGAAGCUUUUCGAUGUAGUAUUGUUCACACACGUAAUGCACCUCGCUGCGCAGGCUGGCGUCCGUUACGCGAUGCAGAAUCCGGGUUCUUAUGUUCACAGCAACAUUGCCGGGUUUGUUAAUUUGCUUGAAGUCUGCAAAUCAGCGAAUCCACAACCGGCAAUCGUGUGGGCCUCUUCCAGUUCCGUUUACGGACUCAAUUCUAAGGUGCCCUUUUCGGAGAAGGAUCGAACUGACCAACCCGCUAGCCUGUAUGCCGCUACGAAGAAGGCGGGCGAGGAGAUUGCUCAUACUUACAAUCAUAUCUACGGAUUAUCUAUCACUGGGUUGCGGUUUUUCACCGUUUAUGGACCGUGGGGGCGGCCUGAUAUGGCGUAUUUCUUCUUCACAAGAGAUAUUCUCAAGGGGAAAACGAUCAACAUUUUUGAGUCACCUGAUAAGGGGAGUGUGGCUAGAGAUUUUACCUACAUUGAUGAUGUCGUGAAUGGUUGUUUGGGUGCUUUGGACACGGCAAAGAAGAGUACAGGGAGUGGAGGGAAGAAGAGGGGACCCACUCAAUUAAGGAUUUUCAAUUUGGGGAAUACAUCACCGGUUCCCGUAAGUAGGCUUGUGAGCAUAUUGGAGAAGCUUUUGAAGGUGAAGGCUAAGAAGAAGGUAUUGCCGUUGCCAAGAAAUGGGGAUGUGGAGUUUACGCAUGCAAAUAUUAGUUUGGCGCAGAGAGAGUUGGGCUAUAAGCCCACGACUGAUUUAGAGAUGGGGCUGAAGAAGUUCGUGAGAUGGUACCUUGGGUUUUUAUUCGGGGUCAAAUAAGAAGGUUUCAUGGUGAAUUUUUCUGCGGCUUGUUCCGGGGGUAGACUAAUUUGGUCCUUUUAUUUAUAUCCCCCUUCCCUAUAUUUUCUCUUUGGCUUCAUCAAUGGCUUGAUAAUUUUCUUGGAAGAUGAACAACUUUGUUCUGCCGUGCUUUGGCUUGCCUGUUAUGGCUACUUAUUUGCAGGGCAUACCAUAACCAGUUUAUAUCAACAGGAGCUAGGAGCAUCUUCAUUGUUUUUCCACAUCUCCGUAGUUUUUCUUUUCGUAGUUUGAGCGUUGUACAGUCUAUGGCUGAUAGAUUACAGACAUUCUGAUUUGCUGGAUACUUCUCCUUUUUCAAUAACAUCCCAGACAAAAUAAGUUAGCAUUUACUGCAAAUGUUCUUAUUUUAGUUGGAUGAAUCAGAUUCAUGGCUUCUUAAA